GGCUGCACUAUUACCUUUUAUGAUUUUUUAAUUUAAUUUUAUCAUUAGCCAUGAAUUCAACCUUUUCAAAAUUAUGCCCUGAGACUCAUGAAAGUGUGGCCGAGCUGGAAGAUUUUUUUAUGCUUCUUGAUACUGGAGGUGAUGGGUUUGUGCAUGUCAACAUGUUAAGGGAACUUUUUAUAUCAACUGUCCCUAGGAUGACAGAAAAAGAUUUUAAUAACCUCUUAGCUGAGUGCCAAUUCGAUCAAAUGGAACAAUUGGCGUUUGAGCAGUAUUACGUAUUGUCAGCGAAACUUAAGAACCUAUCUGUACUCUCAUUAUCGGCUGCCCAGCUCAACGAUUGCGUUAACCUGGAAGAAGUAUUUGCUCCAUUCGACCCAAAUGGGACAGGCUAUGUUAGUUACUCAGUUUUUAAUGCUCUGAUGACAAAAAAAGGGGAUCAGUUGUCUUCCUGUGAGGCAACUGAGAUGAGGCUGCGGCUUGAGAGGGUAGGGUUGCUCAAGAGGGACCGAGUAAAUUAUCGAAUGUUUAUUAGUAGUAUUUCUGCAUGCGAUAUUCUGGUUUGAUAUAAAUUCUUUUAUUAUAUAUAUAUAUAUAUGAAGUUAGUCAGAUCAUUCCUCUUUUUUAUUUUUACAUGUUUGUAGAAUUCUUUUUUUAAUGUUUUACAACUACGACAACUAAAAAGAAA